GUUCUGUAACUACCCUUCUUUCGUCUGUCCACGAGGCUGCAUAAAGAGAGAAAGGGGCGGCUAUCUGAUUCUGACACUGGACUACGACGCUUCACGUCCGGCCAUUCCUACUUCUGCAGCUCUUCACCACUACAUCUCCAUUACAUACCUUUGCCACCUCCCCUGAACGACAAACAGCCACACACAGAGAGCGAGAAAGGAUCAAACUCUUUUGGCAGAGCAGCUUAUGAACAAAGCAAGCAUGGAAGAGGGACUACUAAACAGUUCUUUGAUUCCUGAAGAAAAGCCUGAAGUUAGCAGCAUUAAUGGUGGUGGUUGCAGCAAAGAAGUGAGUGGUUCCUCCGCCAUCACAGCAGUGGUUGUCCUCAGCAUCUUUGUGGCUGCCUCCGGUUCCUUCGCAUAUGGUUGCUCCGUUGGAUAUUCAUCUCCUGCUGAGUCUGGUAUUAUGAAUGACCUAGGCCUAUCUACUGCAGAGUAUUCAGUCUUCAGUUCAAUAACGACAAUUGGAGGAAUGAUAGGUGCAGUAAUAACUGGAAAAGUUGCAGAUCUCGUUGGUCGGAGAGGUGCUAUGUGGUUCUCGCAAAUAUUUUGCAUCAUGGGAUGGCUUUCAAUAAUUUUUGCAAAGGGAGCUUGGUGGCUUGAUGUUGGAAGACUAUUAUUGGGAGUUGGAUUUGGGAUUAAUUAUUAUGUGGCAAGCAUAUAUGUAGCAGAAAUCACACCUAAAAAUAUUCGAGGAGGAUGUUCAUCAUUUAAUCCGCUGUCUCUAUAUUUUGGCAUGUCAGUGAUGUUUUUUGUUGGAAAUGUCAUUAAUUGGCGCUUCUUGGCUUUAAUAGGAAUUGUACCAUGUCUGGUGCAAGUUGUUGGUUUGUUCUUCAUACCAGAGUCUCCAAGAUGGUUGGCAAUGAUUGGUAAAGAAAAAGAGUCAGAAGCAACUCUGCAACGUCUGAGGGGGGAAAAAUGCGAUAUUUCUCAAGAGGCAGCUGAAAUCAGGGAUUACACUGAAAUUCUUCAAGGACUCUCACAGUCCAGAAUUUUAGACUUGUUUGAGCGGAGAUAUGCUCACUCACUCAUUGUUGGAGUUGGGCUAAUGUUACUGAUACAAUUUGGAGGGAACUGUGCAAUUGCGUUUUAUGCAAGCUCUAUUCUUGAAGCUGCUGGUUGCUCGGCUAGUGUUGGCACUACAGCAAUGGCUAUUAUUCAGAUUCCAUUCUCCAUUCUUGGUGUAUACUCGAUGGAUAAAUUUGGAAGACGACCACUUCUGAUGGUCACUGCAGCUUUAACAUGCUUGGGAACCUUUCUUGCAGGAUUGGCAUUCUUGUUGCAGGAUUUUGAUCAAUGGAAGGAGCUCAGUGCCGCAUUGAUUCUGAGUGGCUUAUUGGUAUUUUCUGCUGGUUUUUACACGGGAGUGGGUGGUACACCAUGGAUUAUCAUGUCAGAGAUAUUCCCUAUAAACAUUAAGAGUUCAGCUGGAAGCUUGGUGACUUUGACCAACUGGUUUGGUUCUUGGAUAGUGUCCUAUACUUAUAACUUCUUAUUUGAAUGGAGCUCAGCAGGAGUAUUCUUCAUCUACACAAUUUUUUCCGGUUUAGUCAUCGUAUUUGUUGCAAUCCUGGUGCCAGAGACAAAAGGAAAAACCCUAGAAGAAAUACAAGCAUCCAUGAUUGAUCUUCUCCACUGAAAUACUGUUUUGGAAAUAAAAUACAAGCACACCUGAGAAAUGAAUACCUCUCUUGUUCACAAAGCAUAUUGAUAUUUUGUCAGGCAUUCACUUUUCAACACUUUAUUUCAAAAUGUAAAAUAUUUGCUUCCACCAAUCUUCUACCAGUACUAAGUAAGAGGGUUAACCUUAAUUAGAUAAGGAAACAACCCCAAAACUUGUAGAAAUUGUGCAACAUUCGUGCCAUUUUUAUGGCCAUUGAUGGCCUUCGGCUUUGAAGCCGAAAGUAGUAGAAAUUGUGCAAGUCUUGCUUCUAAUUCUUAUAAGACAACCUCUUUACAGACAGCCUUUUCAUCAGCAAAAAUUGUUUUAAAAAAUUUGUUCUCAUUUUCAGAAUUGUCUUUGGGUUGGCAUAUACUUGUUUUGUUG